AUGAGCUCGCUUACUCUGGCAGCCUGGAAUGUUCGUUCCCUUUUAGACAAUCCGAGGAGCAACCGACCGGAAUGGAGGACGGCGCUAGUGGCACGAGAACUGGCGCGCUACAAGGUGGACAUCGCCGCACUCAGCGAGACCCGAUUCUCCGAAGAAGGCCAACUGGAGGAGGUGGGUGCCGGUUAUACCUUCUUCUGGAGCGGUCGACCCAGGGCAGAGCGACGAGACGCGGGCGUCGCCUUCGCCAUCCGGACCGACAUCGUGGGACGACUGCCCUGUUUGCCGCAGGGCAUCAACGAUCGCCUGAUGAGCCUCCGCCUGCCUCUCUGGGGAGGCAAAUUCCCCACUAUCAUCAGCAUCUACGCUCCGAUGAUGACCAGCCCCGACGCCGUCAAAGACAAAUUCUACGAGGACCUGCACGCCCUCUUGGCGACUGUAUCGAAGGCGGACAUGUUGAUUGUCCUUGGUGACUUCAACGCCCGCGUCGGCACAGACUAUACUGCCUGAAAAGGAGUGCUGGGCCCCCACGGUCUCCGUGGCUCCAACGACAACGGACUGCUGCUUCUCCGCACCUGCGCAGAACAUCGCCUCAUCCUGACGAACACGUUCUUCUGUCUGCCGGAGCGAGAGAAGGCCACCUGGAGGCCCCCUCGGUCGCGUCAGUGGCACCUGCUGGACUAUGUCCUCGUCCGGAGGCGAGAUCAGCGGGACGUGCUGGUGACGAAGGCGAUCGCGGGCGCUGACGGGUGGACCGACCAUCGCCUCGUCCUCUCGAAGAUGCGUAUUCGCCUGCAGCCUCGCUGGAGACCACAAGGUAAGCGACCCCCAGGUAAGCUGAAUGUUGCCUUGUUGUCUUUGCCCGCUUACCGUCUUCAUUUCAGCAAUGAGCUAGCCCAACGGCUAGACAACCUUCCUAUCGCCGCCGACGCCACCGCUGCCGAGAACGCCUCCGUGGAGAAUCGCUGGUGUCAACUGCGAGACACGGUCCAGGCGACGGCGCUCGCCGUCCUCGGUCGCGCUCCCCGCCAACACCAGGACUGGUUCGACGACAACGACGCCGCCAUCCGAAAUCUGCUUGCUGAGAAGAACCGCCUACACAGAGCCUACGUAGAUCACCCCACUGAUGCCACCAAAGCUGCCUUCUACCGCAGUCGCCGCCAACUGCAGCAACGACUGCGCGAGAUGCAGGACGACUCGACUGCCCGCAAAUCUGAGGAGAUCCAAGGCUAUGCGGACCGCAACGAAUGGAAGAACUUCUUCUCCGCGAUCAAAGCUGUCUACGGUCCGCCGACGAAGGGCACUGCUCCUCUCCUCAGCGCCGAUGGCUGCACUCUCCUGACUGAGAAGACGCAAAUCCUACAGCGAUGGGCCGAGCACUUCCGAAGCGUCCUCAACCGCCCCUCCGUCAUCUCCGACGCCGCCAUCGAGCGUUUGCCGCAAGUGGCGACCAACGUGGACCUCUACCUCCCGCCAUCUCUCCAGGAGACCAUCAGGGCCGUGCAGCAGCUCUACAGCGGGAAAGCAUCCGGAUCGGACGCAAUCCCUGCUGAGGUCUACAAGCACGAAGGUCCCCUGCUGAUGGAUCACCUGACUGCGCUCUUCCAGGAGAUGUGGCGUCAAGGUGAAGUCCCGCAAGAUUUCAAGGACGCAACUAUCGUGCACCUAUACAAGCGCAAAGGGAAUCGCCAAGUCUGCGACAACCACCGCGGCAUCUCCCUGCUGAACAUCGCCGGGAAGAUCUUCGCUCGCAUCCUGCUCAACCGCCUCAACAACCAUCUGGAACAGGGCCUUCUGCCGGAAAGCCAGUGCGGCUUCCGUCGACAUCGUGGGACCACGGAUAUGAUCUUCGCCGCCCGCCAACUUCAGGAGAAGUGUCAGGAGAUGCGGACCCACCUGUACUCUACCUUCGUGGACCUGACGAAAGCCUUCGACACGGUGAAUCGUGAAGGACUGUGGAAGAUCAUGCAGAAAUUCGGCUGUCCGGAGCGAUUCACUCAGAUGGUGCGUCAGCUGCACGACGGUAUGAUGGCGCGAGUCACGGACAACGGAGCUGUCUCAGAGGCAUUAGCAGUGACCAAUGGAGUGAAGCAGGGCUGCGUACUGGCGCCUACCCUCUUCAGUCUUAUGCUUUCUGCCAUGCUGAUGGACGCCUACCGCGACGACCGCCCUGGAAUCCGCAUCGCCUACACGACGGACAGUCACCUCAAGAAUCAACGGCGGAUGCACUUCCAAUCGCGCGUAUCCACAACCACCGUUCACGAACUCCUCUUCGCCGACGACUGCGCCCUGAACACCACCUCGGAAGAGGAGAUGCAACGCAGCAUGGACCUAUCCGCCACCGCCUGCGAGAACUUCGGGCUGGUAGUCAACACGCGGAAGACGGUGGUGAUGCACCAACCGACACCCAACUCGGCCACAGCCCCCAACGCGCCGCCGCAAAUCAGCGUGAAUGGGACCCAACUUCAAGUGGUAGAGAACUUCCCGUACCUGGGCAGUACUCUCUCCCGCAACACCAAGAUCGACUACGAAGUCGCCAACAGGAUCUCGAAAGCCAGUCAAGCCUUCGGUCGCCUCCAAAGCACAGUUUGGAAUCGCCACGGUCUUCAACUGAGCACGAAGCUAAAUAUAUACAAGACCGUCAUCCUGCCGACGCUACUGUACGGAGCAGAGACCUGGACGGUGUACACGAGGCAGGCACGCCGACUGAACCACUUCCACCUCAGGUGUCUUCGUCGCAUCCUGCGGCUGAACUGGCAGGAUCGCAUCCCCGACACUGAUGUGCUUGAACGGACGGGAAUCCUCAGCAUCUACGCCAUACUGAGACAAAUGCAGCUGCGCUGGAGCGGCCACCUGGUGCGCAUGGACGACGAGCGACUACCCAAACGACUCUUCUACGGAGACGUCGCGACGGGUUCACGCCGUCAAGGAAGCCAAAUUCGCCGUUACAAGGAUACCCUGAAGUCCUCCCUGAAACGCCUGCAAAUCAACCCCACCAACUGUGAGGAGCUUGCACUCGAUCGACCGACCUGGAGGAGGACAGUGAAGACAGGCGCUGCGAUCUACGAAGCCAACCGCAUCGCUGCCGCCAAAGCGAAACGUGAAGCCCGCAAAUCACAACUUCGCCCAGUCAGCAACGCCGCCGCACAACCGCUUCCAACGUGUCCUCGAUGUCAACGGACAUUCCGGGCUUGAAUCGGACUUGUUGGGCAUCUUCGGAUUAACUGCGCCUCUCGGACUGCACCAGCCAUCGUCCCCCCCCCGCCCGCCUAUUCCUCCUCCUCUCCGCAGCCAACUAACUCUGACAAUUCUUCUGACCCACCACUUCCAUCCUCCUCCUCCUACGUCUACUCCUCCUCCUCCUCCUCGUCCACUGCUCCAACGGCGGCCGCUCAGGCGACUGUCCCGCGCGCAACAACCGUCACUACCACCAGCUCCCCCGACUCCAGCGAUGAGGAUCAAAACUACAUCUGCCCUCACUGCGGCCGCACCUUCACCUCACACAUCGGCCUGGUCGGUCACUUGCGAAUCUAUCGCACAGAGACUGGCGAACCAGUGCCUGAAGCACCAACCAACACACACCGCACUUGCCUCCACUGCUCACACUGGCACCUUCAGGCAUCGCAUUGGCCUACUUGGCAACAUGCGCAUCCACGAGAGCGGCCUUGA